GGCUCGAUGAAUUGUCGAGUAAAUAUAUUAUAUGUGCUGGAUUACAUACUCGAGUAUUCCCGUAACAAGCAAUUCACGGGAUACUUCGAGUUAGUGGAAGAAUAUUUACCGAAUUUAGUAGAUAAAGUGGUUCCUUACGAACCAAGAGGAAGAAUAAACAUAAAUCAUAUGAAAAAGCUCCUCCAAAUAUGGAAGAAGAAAGAAUAUUUCUCAAGAGCAGCUUUGGACGCGGCUGAAAAGGCCCUGGAAAGACGGAAAAAAUGCGAUGAUAUUGGGAAAGCACAUUUUAAUCAGCAAGAAAUACAAAAGCGAGUCGAAGAAGACCGGGAGAGGCAUAAACGGUUGCGGGAACACUCUUGGAUUCUACCCUCAACUUCCGAAGCACCAGCACAGGAAUUCGAUAAAUUCUGGGAAGAAACCUCUGAUCUGAGCGAUGACGAUUACAAAAAGAUUCUAAGGGAAAAUAAAAUAUUUGACCCGAGAUAUCCGUGGCGAGAGGACAUGAAAUCAAUAACGAAGCGCAAAAAAACACUCGCUGAAAACGAGAUUAGCGAGCUCGGCCAAGAAGUAAUUGAAGCUUUAGGACAAGGGAAAGAGAAGAUAAUCACUGUAGUGCCGAUAAUGGCAAUUAUGAAGUUGGAGGAAAAUAUUCCAGAUGAAAAAAUUAAUUGGAAAAUAGAAAAAGAAGAAGGUGAUAGUGGGCAUCACUCUCUUGGUGAUGAAAGCGCUAAUCUUGAAACGAAAGGACAAGAAUUGGUCAAUACGCAAACAAAAAUAGAAGCAAUAUUUCCAGUCACUCAAACGCCUAACCAUCAGCUUGAAGUUCCAGAAAUAAAAGACAUUAAUGAAACUGUAACUGAUCUCGUCAUGCAGGAAUUGAAUGACCCUCCAAUCAGUGUAGGAGCAGAAAUAAUCCCCAUUGCUCGGUCUCCUGGCAUUGGGUUGACCGUCCCGGAAAACGUCAACAAUGAUAAUUCCGAACUUCUUACGCAAGAAUUGGAAAAUCACCAGACUGUCGUAGAAUCUCUAAACCCUGAAGUUACAUCUAAUAGUGUUGGUGCUAUUCCUCAACCAGUAAGUCCCACAAGGGCUCGUCGUGGACGUGGUCGUGGUCGUAAAGCUAAUGAUGCAAGUGUUCGCGGAACUAAGUAUCCUGGAAAUGACUUCAUCGCUCCCGAAGCUAAAGAAGACACCAGUAAUUACGGCGUCGAAUUAAACAAUCAAGAAUCAGAUGGUCGUCCAACUAAUUUAAAAAUUGUCUUACCCAAGAUCGAAAGUUCCUCCGAUAAUAGAGCUACUACUGUAUCUCGACGAGGAAGUGCUGUUGGAGUUCGUCGUGGACGAGGUGCUCGUAAGACUAACGAUGCAAGUGUUCGUGGAACUCUGGAAGUUGGGGAACAGACGCCCGGUCAGCGAAAAACUGCCAAAACGUCAACAACGACGACAAGCACCAUUACCACUACCACCACUACGAAAAAACGGAAGACCGUUAGUCGAAAAUAA